AUGUGCCGGUCCAGUGGUUCAGAGGUCCAGUGGUUCAGAGGUCCAGAGGUCCAGUGGCUCAGAGGUCCAGUAGUUCAGAGUUCCAGUAGUUCAGAGGUCCAGUGGUUCAGAGGUCCAGUGGUUCAGAGGUCCAGUGGUUCAGAGGUCCAGUGGUUCAGAGGUCCAGUGGUCCAGUGGUUCAGAGGUCCAGUGGUUCAGAGGUCCAGUGGUUCAGAGAGGUCCAGUGGUCCAGUGGUUCAGUGGUUCAGAGGUCCAGUGGUUCAGAGGUCCAGUGGUUCAGAGGUCCAGUGGUCCAGAGGUCCAGAGGUCCAGUGGUUCAGAGGUCCAGAGGUUCAAAGGUCCAGAGGUCCAGAGGUCCAGUGGUUCAGAGGUCCAGUGGUCCAGUGGUUCAGUGGUCCAGAGGUCCAGUGGUUCAGAGGUCCAGUGGUUCAGAGGUCCAGUGGUCCAGAGGUCCAGAGGUCCAGAGGUCCAGUGGUUCAGAGGUCCAGUGGUUCAGAGGUCCAGAGGUCCAGUGGUUCAGAGGUCCAGUGGUUCAGAGGUCCAGAGGUCCAGUGGUUCAGAGGUUCAGAGGUCCAGUGGUUCAGUGGUCCAGAGGUCCAGUGGUUCAGAGGUCCAGUGGUUCAGAGGUUCAGAGGUCCAGUGGUUCAGAGGUCCAGUGGUCCAGUGGUCCAGUGGUCCAGUGGUCCAGUGGUCCAGAGGUCCAGAGGUCCAGUGGUUCAGAGGUCCAGUGGUUCAGAGGUCCAGUGGUUCAGAGGUUCAGAGGUCCAGUGGUUCAGAGGUCCAGUGGUUCAGAGGUCCAGUGGUCCAGUGGUCCAGAGGUCCAGUGGUUCAGAGGUCCAGUGGUCCAGAGGUCCAGUGGUUCAGAGGUCCAGUGGUUCAGAGGUCCAGUGGUCCAGUGGUCCAGAGGUCCAGUGGUUCAGAGGUUCAGAGGUCCAGUGGUCCAGAGGUCCAGUGGUUCAGAGGUCCAGUGGUCCAGAGGUCCAGUGGUUCAGAGGUCCAGUGGUUCAGAGGUCCAGUGGUCCAGAGGUCCAGUGGUUCAGAGGUCCAGUGGUUCAGAGGUCCAGUGGUUCAGAGGUUCAGAGGUCCAGUGGUCCAGAGGUCCAGUGGUUCAGAGGUCCAGUGGUUCAGAGGUCCAGUGGUCCAGAGGUCCAGUGGUUCAGAGGUCCAGUGGUUCAGAGGUCCAGUGGUUCAGAGGUCCAGUGGUCCAGUGGUUCAGAGGUCCAGUGGUUCAGAGGUCCAGAGGUCCAGUGGUUCAGAGGUCCAGUGGUCCAGAGGUCCAGAGGUCCAGUGGUUCAGAGGUCCAGUGGUUCAGAGGUCCAGUGGUUCAGAGGUCCAGAGGUCCAGAGGUCCAGUGGUUCAGAGGUCCAGUGGUUCAGAGGUCCAGUGGUCCAGUGGUUCAGAGGUCCAGAGGUCCAGUGGUUCAGAGAUCCAGUGGUUCAGAGGUCCAGUGGUCCAGAGGUCCAGAGGUCCAGUGGUCCAGAGGUCCAGUGGUCCAGAGGUCCAGAGGUCCAGUGGUUCAGAGGUCCAGUGGUUCAGAGGUCCAGAGGUCCAGAGGUCCAGUGGUUCAGAGGUCCAGUGGUUCAGAGGUCCAGUGGUCCAGUGGUUCAGAGGUCCAGAGGUCCAGUGGUUCAGAGGUCCAGUGGUUCAGAGGUCCAGUGGUCCAGAGGUCCAGAGGUCCAGAGGUCCAGUGGUCCAGAGGUCCAGUGGUCCAGUGGUCCAGAGGUCCAGUGGUCCAGAGGUCCAGUGGUUCAGAGGUCCAGUGGUCCAGAGGUCCAGUGGUUCAGAGGUCCAGAGGUCCAGAGGUCCAGUGGUUCAGAGGUCCAGUGGUUCAGAGGUCCAGAGGUCCAGAGGUCCAGUGGUUCAGAGGUCCAGUGGUUCAGAGGUCCAGUGGUUCAGAGGUCCAGAGGUCCAGAGGUCCAGAGGUCCAGAGGUCCAGUGGUUCAGAGGUCCAGUGGUCCAGAGGUCCAGAGGUCCAGUGGUCCAGUGGUCCAGAGGUCCAGUGGUCCAGUGGUCCAGAGGUCCAGUGGUUCAGAGGUCCAGUGGUUCAGAGGUCCAGAGGUCCAGAGGUCCAGAGGUCCAGAGGUCCAGAGGUUCAGAGGUCCAGUGGUUCAGAGGUCCAGUGGUCCAGAGGUCCAGAGGUCCAGAGGUCCAGUGGUUCAGAGGUCCAGUGGUUCAGAGGUCCAGAGGUCCAGUGGUUCAGAGGUCCAGAGGUUCAAAGGUCCAGAGGUCCAGAGGUCCAGAGGUCCAGUGGUUCAGAGGUCCAGUGGUUCAGAGGUCCAGAGGUCCAGUGGUUCAGAGGUCCAGUGGUUCAGAGGUCCAGUGGUCCAGUGGUUCAGUGGUUCAGAGGUCCAGUGGUUCAGAGGUCCAGUGGUUCAGAGGUCCAGUGGUCCAGAGGUCCAGAGGUCCAGUGGUUCAGAGGUCCAGAGGUUCAAAGGUUCAGAGGUCCAGAGGUCCAGUGGUUCAGAGGUCCAGUGGUCCAGUGGUUCAGUGGUCCAGAGGUCCAGUGGUUCAGAGGUCCAGUGGUUCAGAGGUCCAGUGGUUCAGAGGUCCAGUGGUCCAGAGGUCCAGAGGUCCAGAGGUCCAGUGGUUCAGAGGUCCAGUGGUUCAGAGGUCCAGAGGUCCAGUGGUUCAGAGGUCCAGUGGUUCAGAGGUCCAGAGGUCCAGUGGUUCAGAGGUUCAGAGGUCCAGUGGUCCAGUGGUUCAGAGGUCCAGUGGUUCAGAGGUCCAGUGGUCCAGUGGUUCAGAGGUCCAGUGGUUCAGAGGUCCAGAGGUCCAGUGGUUCAGAGGUUCAGAGGUCCAGUGGUCCAGUGGUUCAGAGGUCCAGUGGUUCAGAGGUCCAGUGGUCCAGAGGUCCAGUGGUCCAGUGGUCCAGUGGUCCAGAGGUCCAGAGGUCCAGUGGUUCAGAGGUCCAGUGGUUCAGAGAGGUCCAGUGGUCCAGUGGUCCAGUGGUUCAGAGGUCCAGUGGUUCAGAGGUCCAGUGGUCCAGAGGUCCAGUGGUUCAGAGGUCCAGUGGUUCAGAGGUCCAGUGGUUCAGAGGUCCAGUGGUUCAGAGACGUGGCCACGCUGUCCGUCACCACCAUAAAGGAGGAGCCGUACGCCAUGAGCCGGGGCAGUGAGCUGGAGGGUUUCUGUGUGGACCUUCUCUCAGAACUGUCCAAACGAGUCGGCUUCAGCUACAAGAUCCAAGAGGUCAAGGACGGUCGCUACGGAUUCAUGGACCAGAGCGGCACCUGGACCGGCAUGAUCGGGGAGAUCAUCCGAGGGGAGGCAGACCUGGCCGUAGCCCCCCUCACCCUCACCUCGGUGAGGGAGCGUCACGUGGACAUGAGUGCCCCGUUCCUGCAGACUGGUCUGGGGUUCCUGCUGAGGAAGGAGCUGGUGUCCCAUGAGAGCUCCCUCAGUCUGCUGGGGCCCUUCUCUGCCGACAUGUGGGGGGGGCUGUUGGGGGCCUUCCUGCUCACCGGACUCUGCAUCUUCCUGGUGUCCAGGAUGAGUCCGACAGAGUGGGCGGAGCCUGAGACGGAGCAGAGAACCUUCACUCUGCUGCACAGCUUCUGGUACACAGUCACAGGACGCUCACACUCUGCAGGCGCAGAGAACUCUGCUCUGGUGUUGGCCAAUGAGAGCCAGCGGGAGGCGUACGAGCGCUGCCUGGACGAGGUGGCCAACCACGUGGUGCAGGCGCUGCUCAACCAGAAGGACUUGAGGGAGGAGUGCAUAAAGCUGAAGGUCCUGGUGUGUGACUUGGAGCGACAGAACCGAGCGCUGUGUGAGCUCUUCCAACAGAAGCUGCCCAACCAUCCCACCGCCCACUACCAGGUUCAGGCUGGACCACAUCUCCCAGAAUUCACUGCUCCUCUUCCCCAUGAGUCCAAGCAGGAGGCGGCCCACACAGAAGCACAAGCCAAGGGUAACGGCGUCUGGUGUAUGUGUUUCCAGGGUAACGGCGUCCGCUCGCAGCACGCCUCGCCGGCCCGUGCCGCGCACACGUCCAUGGAAGCUCUGUCCCCGUUCUUUAAGAAAAAAGCUCACAUCCUGGAAGUCCUGCGCAAGAUGGAGGAGACCGACCCACUCAAGUUCCACCCCACCAGCUCCAGCCUGGGCUUCUGCGACUACAGCCAAGUGCUCAUGUCCACAGAAGCCGUCCUGGCCUCCGCAGACCCUCACUCGCUGCAAUACAAACCUCUACACAGUCACUGCCGCUGCACCUGCCCCGAGGCAGAGCGGCUGAACGGGGAUGGAAGCAGCCAGUCUGAUCCUCACAGCAAGAGGAGCCCCGAGAGUCCUCACAGCAAGAGGAGCCCCGAGAGUCCUCACAGCAAGAGGAGCCCCGAGAGUCCCACCAAAGCCUGCAGCCAAAGUGUGUGCAGCUCGGUGACAGCACAAAGCCUCGGGGCGGCUGCGGCAGGGGAAUGUGAGGUGAAGAGCCUGUGCAAACAGACUGACACGCAGAGAAGUGAGGCUCAAGCACAAAGGACCAAGCCACACUCACAGCAGAGUGGUCCCAGAGAGCCCCCUGCGAUAGAGGACAGCGAGGAGUACCUGGAGAAUGCACAGGAGCCAGACCCAGAGGUGACUGUCCUGGAGGAGCUCCCUGGCUUCACCCCUGACGACUCCACUUCCUCCCUCAUCCCGGAGCGCGACACCUGCGACCCGUCCACGGCCCGCGCCUCGGCCUCCGUCAGCCCCAGCCCCUCCUGCCUCAGCGACGUCAAAUCGGUCGCCAUCAACUCUCCCUCCAAACUCCUCAAGUUCCUCAAGAUCCCCAGCAUCACAGAGAAAUGCCAAGCCAGUUCCAACGCCCCUGCCGUCCGUUUGAGUCCGCAGCUAACCCGAAACUCGCGCAUUCCCUGUCGCACAAAUAACUACGAGGUUUACCAUUCCCCGGUUCCCACGCGAAGAGCAACAACGACCGAAAGGUGCAGACAACCUCCUCCUCCGCCCACCAGAUCAGAAUCCUAUCCAGCCACUCACUCCGCUCCCACUUCCCCUCCGCAAUCGGAAGAUACGCUGCCUGAGAAAGAUUAUGCAAGUCCUGCAAAAUCCAAGAUGGUCGCUACCUCUUCCAACACUGCUGCUGCUUCAAAAGUCUCCAUCCCCCAUUACGAAAAUGUCUGCGAUGUCAUGGCAAAAGUUAGUGACGAUCCUGGCGGUUUUGAGAAAAGGACAAUCCCACAAGUCAGAGCAAACAUAGGAGAGAGAAAGCUGGUUAAAUCGUUACCAGAAUCUGUCUUGAAAGCUUCAAACGAUCGAAAACAGUCUUCGUCUUCAACAACAGAUUCUACGUCCGAUGAGGAGGAUUCAGAGAGCCCAGUUUGGGUUAAUCACCAGAAUGUACCGACUUGUCAACCCGCAGGCAAAGCACAUUUCACUCGUCCAGUUGAUAAGCAAGAAGCAAAAGAUGGUAUCCAACCUCCGCCGCCCUCUAAAAGAGUCGAUUCUUCGUCCAUCCCCAAAAGGCCGAGCGUUGUCACUCCAAAAUCCCAAGGAGAUCCCAGUCACCACGCUUUCAAAGAGCGCCUCGCUGCGUUGGGGAAGCUGCGGAGCUCCGACGAUUUGCAAGUGGGUUUCAAACAAGUGGACACAGCUAUUUUCGGCGAAGUUAUUGAGGAACAAAAUGUAAGAACAGUGGACAGGCCGCAACCCACGGAAAUCCAAAAAGAAGAGGUGAAAUUUGCGAAAUAUGCCGAAUCGUUAGAAUGUAAAUCAAAAGUCAAUGAUAGGGGGAUUAAAUACUCCGCACAAAUGUUUGAGCAAGUCGCGAAAUCGCAGCAACCUCCAGCCAAGCCAGAGAUCGCCAAACCGGAUGCUCCAAAAAGUAAAAUAGGUCUUCCUUCGCCGAUAACGGACGCGCCGCAAGUACUUCGCAAUAAUAUCAAAUGCCCGGGCUCUUUGAAUUUGCCCUACAAUGUAAAAACUGCUAAUAGUCCAAACAAAAUCCCCCCGAAAUCGCCUUCCAAGCCUUGUCCAACAUCAGUUCAAAGAAUGAGUAAAGCCUCAGAAGCGCCGCGGUACUCUUCCAAAUCUGAAGAGCGAACAAAAAUCGGCGGGAAGGGAAAGAAAAAUCCGAUUUUUGGUGACAGCCUGCCGCCACCUCCACCCAAACCUCCUGUAGAAACCCAGGUGGAGAAGCCUGCACCACCGGCCACGAGCCCGCAGUCGGCCAUCGAGCAGAAGGUCAUGAAGGGCAUCGAAGAAAACAUGCUGAAAGAGCAAGAUAAAGUGGUGCUGCCCGGAGAGGUCAAGCAGAAGACGUCCAACGGCAUCGCCAGCUGGUUCGGUCUGAAAAAGAGCAAGUUACCUGCUCUGAGUCGCAAAACAGACGGAGUCAAAGCCAAGGACGAGAAGCGGGAAUGGAAAAUCAACAUCCCGUCCGUGGGCAGAGACUCGGUGAAGGUGUCCAGCCGCUGUAAGGAGGGCGUGGAGGGCCUGAACAUCUCGACGCUGAUGGAGAAGGCCGAGGGUCUGCGGCGGGCGCUGGAGGAGGAGCGGCAGUUCGUGGAGCGGCAGACCAGAGGACACUCGUGUGAAGUGGUGAUGGACCAGAGCCAGGGCCAGCUCGCCGUCAUGUACCGAGGAGGCCGCUCCGACACCUUCAUGCAGCAGCUGCUCAACAGAGUGGACGGUAAAGACGUGGUGUGUUUGCCUCAGAGACGUCUGUCCUUCGACUGUAAAAACUCUAAACCAGUUUUUCACACGGACCUGCUGAGCCGAGACCACAUGGACCAGGCUGCAGACAGAAACAUCACGUCUGAUGAGAACCUCGCAGACUCAGUGCAACACUUUGCAGCCGGCUCUGGGGCCUCCACGUACACCCUGGACAGUGGCAUCGGGACCUUCCCCCUCCCUGAGUGCAGCAGUGGGUCCACAGGGAGGGGCCUGUCUCGGAGCAGGGACCACAGCUCGUCCCCGGGUAGAGCAGGCAGACGCUCCCGCACUCUGGAGAGAGAGGUUCCAUCUCAGGACGACUGCUACAGCCACAAGCCUCUGCAGCCAGGCCCCUACGGGCUCCUGGGCGAGGGCCGGCCCAGCGCCAUCAGAGAGGAUGGUCCCAGUGUGUUCUCUCCUCGCACUAAGACCUGGACCUUCCCGAACCUGAAGGCUCCUACGGGACCAGCAGAGGUCUACCUGGCUGUGGAGGAGGAGGAGGAGGAGGCCUACAGCUCUUCGUACCGAGCGAGUCUGAAGUCCAGUGGCCCGUCCUCCAGUCGAGUGGUGGACCCCGGCUCUCUGCCCGUGCCGGUCCAAGCCGCUGUGAGCCGCAGAGGGAAGACCAGGGCCCCCAGCGUCCCAGAGAUGAACCCCGCUGCCCUGGACCCUCUCUCCCCCAGCCGGCCCCCCCACCUGGAGACCCCUGAGUCCCUGAGCGACUCUCUGUACGACAGCCUCUCCUCCUGCGGGAGUCAGGGGUGA